AAAGAACCUCGGCUUUAGCGAGCGCUACUGUGCCAAAUAGGACAGAACAGGACAAGCAACUGACAUGCAAGAAUGUCUGCCUCGAAAAGAAAACGUAACUUGGAUCUGUUUUACAUUACAAUCGCCACCACUGCGAGCUGCGCGGCAAUCAAACGUGUUCAAAUAGCCUUCAGAAGCCAAGCCACUUCACGCGAGAAAGAUUUUUUUUCUUACUUACAGCCUACUCUAAUCCUGAUAGGUUAAAAGCGCCUCUCCAGCUCAUUUUUCUUUCUCUUAACCUGUCCCCUCACUGUCUCCUUUGCGGCUCGCUCCCAACAUGGCUGGUAGACGGUGGAUCACAGUUUGGUAUAUUUUGACGGCACCUCUAAUGUUAUGGGAUGCAGGUUAUUGCCUGAUGAGACCACGUUCCAUGGUCGGAGGAGACCUUCAUUGGAUUUGGGCGUUUUAUGAAUUUUAUGGCAAUGUAGACCAUGUUUAUGGCGUUAAAGCUUUUGAGGAUGGUGAAGGGUUUGCAAAUGCUGCGGCUGUUCUAAAUGUCAUUGAAAAUUUCUUCGCUGUUAUCUAUCUCUGGAUGACGCAUGUAUGCCCCUCCGAGCUCGCUCCUCUCGCAGGAUAUACCGGAUCAGCCAUGACCCUUGCCAAAACACUCCUCUACGUCUCGCAAGAGUAUUUCUGCGGGUUUUGUGCUAUCGGACACAACACGUUUCCUGGGAUGCUUUCUUAUUGGAUUCUACCGAACGUUGCUUGGAUAACAAUAUCGGGGCUAAUAAUGUAUCACCUUGGGAAGGACAUCUUAUGGAGCUUGAGGCUGUCCAGUGGGAGGGUUAAGUGCGAAUGAUAUACCUUUUGCCUUUCAUUUCAUUCUAUCUAGAGUGUACCAAAGCA